AUGAAAACCCUCAUCGCACUCUUAUUCGCACUUUCCCUCUGCUAUCUCCUUCCCAACCCAACUCACUCUACAUUCAAUCCCCUCCGCCUUCACACCGCCGACGUAGCAGUAGCCUCCGACAACACUCCGGUGCUGGACACCGACGGAAACGAGCUCCGGGUGGGCGAAACUUACUACAUAACCAUCCCCUUCGCCGUCCCCGUUGGAGUGCAACUUGCGUGGUUAAAUUCCACAACACAAUGCGCCAGCAACGUGGUCAUAUUAUCGCGGUGCUUAGCGGACGGCGACCCCAUCAGGAUCACGCCGGCGGACCCCACCGCCACCGUCGUCUCGCCGUCGACCCCCCUGAGCUUCUCAUUCUCCGUUUCCACGUCCCCGCGUUGCGCGAGUAGCGUCAAUUGGGGGAUCAUGCACGACCCGCGAUUCGACCUAUACUUCUUGAACUCCGGCGAGUUUGUCCCCAACGUUUCCGACCGGUUCAAGAUUGAAGCCAACCCGGACCCGGAUCACCCUAACACUUACAGAAUCGCUUAUUGUCAGUUUGGCGGCGACAAAUGCUACUACCUUGGCGGAUUCAUCAUCUCCGCGGACGCGGCUCUGCGUAUAGGUCUCACUUCAACUUAUCCUUUCCCUUUUAUGUUCAGGAGAGCUCCAUCCUGUAAUGAUGCAUUAAAUAUAACAGAGGUAACCCAGGGUGUGGGGUCUUGGGCCGAGAAAUUUGGUGUGUCUGUACUUUGA